AUCGACGGGUGUCCAACAAUCUGAUAAUUCUGAUUGUGAAUGAUCUGAACUGACUUCACUCCAUGGUUCUGCUUGAAUAAUGCACUCUUUUCUAGAGUGACUGCAAUUGGAAACAUGGGUUACGCUAUGAGUAGGUUGGAGAUGAAUUCUGACCUGCUUUGUGAUAGUAAUAUGCCCAAAUCUGAAUUUGAUGGAAACCCAAGAGCCAGCAACUCUCACCAUCUUGAUCACGAAGUUUCUCACGACAUAAAUCGAAGAUCAAUACCCAGUGACCAUCUGACAAGAGUUCAACCAGGGAAGCGACAAUCUUCUGUUUCAGCAUUGAAAAUGUUGUUUGGCCGUGAAGCUAACUAUUCUGGAAGAGGCAAAUUCUCUUCGGCAGAUUGUUGUCACGUUUUAAGUAGGUAUCUGCCUCAAGGCCCUCCUUCAAUUGUUGACCAAAUGACUACCAGGGCUUAUGUUUCUCAGUUUUCGGCUGAUGGUUCCCUUUUCAUUGCUUCUUUUCAGCAGGGAAGCAACAUCAAAAUAUAUAAUGUGGAGAAUGGGUGGAAAGUUCAGAAGAGAAUUGCUGCCAAAAGCCUCCGAUGGACAAUUACAGACACAUCCCUGUCUCCAGAUCAGCGUUAUCUGGCGUAUUCAAGUAUGUCACCCAUUGUCCACAUUGUUAACGUGACAUCUGCUUCAACUGAAUCUCUGGCUAAUGUCAAUGAGAUUCACGAAGGUUUGGAUUUUUCUGGUGAAGAUGAUCAAGGGUAUUUAUUUGGAAUAUUUUCACUUAAAUUCUCAACUGAUGGACGAGAAAUUGUAGCUGGAAGCAGCAAUGAUUCCAUCUAUGUUUACGAUCUUGAAGCAAAUAAGCUUUCUCUUCGAAUUCUAGCUCACACGUGCGAUGUUAAUACAGUAUGUUUUGCUGAUGAAAGUGGCCAUAUUAUAUUUUCGGGUAGUGAUGAUAGUCUAUGUAAGGUUUGGGAUAGACGAUGCUUUAAAUCGAAUGGGGAACCUGCAGGGACACUAGUGGGACACUUAGAAGGGAUUACAUGCAUUGACAGCCGUGGAGAUGGUCGAUAUUUCAUUUCUAAUGGUAAAGAUCAGAUGAUAAAACUUUGGGAUAUUCGAAAAAUGUCCUCCAAUUCAAAGGGCAAUAAUCAAGGUUAUAGAAAUUAUGAAUGGGACUAUAGAUGGAUGGAGUAUCCUUCUCCAGGAACAAGUUUGAAUCAUCCUGAUCAGUCUGUGGCAACUUAUAGAGGUCACGCCGUUUUGCGAACUCUCAUACGCUGUUACUUCUCCCCAGUAUAUAGUACGGGUCAGAGAUACAUCUAUACUGGAUCUCACGAUGCUUGCGUGUACAUUUACGAUGUGGUGACUGGAGCUCGAGUGAGGAAACUUGAGCAUCAUAUGACGACUGUAAGAGAUUGCAGUUGGCAUCCUUAUUAUCCGAUGCUAGUAAGUUCAUCUUGGGAUGGAGAUAUCGCCAAAUGGGAUUUCCCGGGAAAUGAAUUGUAGCCUUUGGAGGAGCACGAGUUUGGGACAUGGUAGCCUCGGACUGUUUGUUUGGUUUGUUUGUUAAUAAUAAUAAUAAUAAUGUGUGUACAUUGGUCUCUCUGUCUGUGUAUUAAUAAUAAUAAUAAUAAUAAUAAUAAUGUCUGUUUAAAGGAUAGAAUAAAAGAAGUGAGAUUGAGUGUACUGUAGAACCAACUAUUUUGCAAUUGGGAGUUGUAUGAUUAAACCCAUGAAGAAUAGUAUAUCCAUACUUUUGGCUUUUAUUGGAUGUUUUUGUAUAUUAUAUAAACAUUUUUUCUUUCUU